GCCUGCUAUCCUUACUGCCCACCUACCGUAGGGAGCAGCUCCUCCCACCUGCACAUAAAAGCCAAGUGCAUGCUACCAGCAGCUGAUCAGAGCACUUUCUCAGUCCUCCACUGUUUUGAACCAGUGAUCUUCUCUCCUUGGAUCUUGUACACUCAAGGAAAGGAAGAAAAUGCAGAUUGUCAGAACCCUUCACAUUUAGUAUCCACACUGUUAUGAUCUCUUCACUACUGGAGGUUGAGUCUGGAUAUCAGAACUGCUACAGCAAAGUACUCUCCUAUUAAGCUGAGGACUUGGAUGCAGAAUCUACACCCGCAUUAUUCAGGCACCUAACAUCCACUGAGCAGGAAUCAGGCCACCCACAACCUGUGUGGAUGCAGAUGUUUUUUGCAGCACUCUUCUCUACAUUGCUUCUUAGCCAACUGUGUCCUGCAGCUUCUAUGAUAAUUUUUUAACUUAGGACCAACUUAAAAUCAACAAAAUAACACCGGGCCUUACACAGACAGGAAAUCUAGGUCUCUUACAGUGAAAAGCAAACAACCUGUCCUUCUUCUGCCCUGUCCUGAUAUCUAAAUGUGAUGGCCGUGCUGCUGGUCCCCGUGCAGCUGCUGGCGGUGGCUGUCGCCAUGUACCUGCAGCUGGUGAGGUCCACUCAGGGUGGCGUCUACUAUGGCAUCAAGCAGCUGCCACCCCAGGUGCCCCAGUACCAAGCCCUUGGACAACAAGUACCUCACAUGCCGCUGGGCAAAGAAGGCAUCCCGAUGCAGCACAUGGGCAAGGAGGUGCCACACAUGCAGUACGGGAAGGAGUAUCCCCACCUGCCUCAGUACAUGAAGGAGGUCCCACAGGUGCCCCUGCUUGGCAAGGACAUGGCUCCCAAGAAAGAAAAAGAAAUGCCUGUGCGCAGCUUGAGGGGUGAGCAAGGUCCCCCUGGUGAGCCUGGACCAAGAGGGCCACCAGGGCCACCAGGAUUACCAGGUCAUGGCGUGCCAGGAGCCAAAGGAAAACCAGGUCCACAAGGAUAUCCAGGAAUUGGGAAGCCGGGUUUGCCAGGGAUGCCUGGGAAACCGGGAGUGAUGGGGCCACCAGGGCCAAGAGGGGAGAUGGGACCGAAGGGGGAGGUUGGGCCCAUGGGGAUACCAGGGCCACAGGGACCACCGGGACCUCAUGGACUUCCAGGAAUAGGGAAGGCAGGUGCUCCAGGGCUGCAGGGACAGCCAGGACCUAAGGGUGAACCUGGGAUGAAGGGUCCCCCAGGGGCCCCUGGGAUCCCUGGUCCAAAAGGGGAGAAGGGUGUCGGGAUCCCGGGUUUGCCAGGACUGAAGGGUCCGCCCGGGCUGCCCGGCCCCCCUGGCCCUGUGGGUCUGCCAGGGGUCGGGAAGCCGGGGAUGGUGGGGUUCCCCGGACCACAGGGUCCCCUGGGUAAGCCUGGCCCACCAGGUGAGCUGGGGCCACAGGGACCCCCGGGGGUCCCUGGAAUGCAAGGCCCUCCCGGUGUGCCUGGUGUCGGCAAACCCGGCCAAGACGGCAUCCCUGGCCAGCCGGGCUUCCCGGGCGGCAAAGGGGAGCAAGGCUUGCCAGGCUUGCCGGGGCCCCCUGGCCUCCCCGGGGUUGGGAAGCCGGGCUUCCCCGGGCCCAAAGGUGAGCGUGGGGUGGGCGGCCUGCCCGGCCCCCUGGGGCCCAAGGGGGAAAAAGGGCACGCAGGGCCACCCGGCAUUGGGGGGCCUCCGGGAGAGCCAGGCCAACCAGGCCUGCCAGGCAUCAUGGGCCCCCCCGGUGCUGUGGGCUUCCCAGGACCCAAAGGAGAAGGUGGUGCCAUGGGGCCACCGGGACCAGUGGGCCCCAAGGGUGAACCCGGCUUGCAGGGGUUCCCCGGGAAGCCAGGUUUCCCCGGGGAAGUGGGAGCCCCCGGGCUGCGGGGGCUGCCGGGCCCCACAGGGCCCAAGGGGGAAGCCGGGCAGAAGGGCUUGCCGGGGCUGCCGGGCGUUCCGGGGCUCGUGGGGCCGAAGGGCGAGCCAGGGCUGCCCGGCGCCCAGGGGCUUCAGGGCCCCUCAGGGAUCCCAGGCAUCGCAGGGCCCAGUGGUCCCAUCGGCCCCCCAGGACUGCCUGGGGCCAAGGGUGAACCUGGCCUGCCCGGCCCCCCUGGCUUCCCUGGUGUGGGCAAACCUGGGGCUGCGGGGCUGCAGGGUCCCCCGGGAAAGCCCGGGGCGCUUGGACCCCCUGGCCAGCCCGGCCUCCAGGGGCCCCCCGGCCCUCCCGGGCCACCUGGUCCCCCAGUGAUCAUCCCCCCAACUCCACCGGCUGUGGGACAGUACCUGCCUGAGGUGGGGCCGGGGAUAGAUGGCGUCAAGCCCCCUUACGGCUACGCGGGCAAGAAGGGCAAGGCCGCCGGUGCUGUCUACGAGAUGCCCGCAUUCACGGCGGAGCUCCUCACUCCCUUCCCCCGGGUUGGCGUGCCUGUGAAGUUCGACAAACUUCUCUACAAUGGCCGGCAGAACUACAACCCCGCAACAGGGAUCUUCACCUGCGAGAUCCCCGGGAUCUACUACUUCGCCUACCAUGUUCACUGUAAAGGGGCCAGCGUAUGGGUGGCUUUGUUCAAGAACAACGAGCCGCUGAUGUACACCUACGAUGAGUACAAGAAGGGCUUCCUGGACCAAGCCUCCGGGAGUGCCGUCGUUCAGCUGAUGCACGGAGACAAGGUUUACGUUCAGAUGCCAUCCGAACAGGCAGCAGGACUCUAUGCUGGGCAAUACGUUCAUUCAUCUUUUUCAGGAUAUUUAUUGUAUCCCAUGUAAAAACAAAAACCAGACAGUCAAACACACACAUACAAAUCUAAACCUUUCUUCUCCGCUUAAAACUCUUAUACCAUGAAAGAUGCAUUUAAUGACUGUUUCGGACCAUCUUGUACAAAAAAAAAAAAAAUACAAAGUUUAACAUUAUGCACAGCUAGAUAUAAAAAAAAGUGUGGUGAACAUAUUUAAAGGUGUGUAUCAGGUUCAUAAACAGUCGUUUUGCACCCAAGGGGGACAUAUUAGCUGUACAUUAUAUAUUUCUGUGACGCCAUGCUUCAUUUCAUUCACAAUAAUGCAAUACUAAGGUUCAAAUCAGUUUA